AUGAAUUCUUCUAAGGGACCUUAUAUUGAAGAAUUCUCCACGUUUCGCAAUUUUUUAAGCUGCUCAAGUGUUCAGGACAUUGAGUAUGAAUAUCGCUGUGAAUAUGUGCGAAAUACCGCCGAAUGUCAAGAUAAAGCUUAUUUCUUCAAUUACAUUGAAAUCAUGUAUUGCACUCUGGAGCCCAGCAGUGAUGCUGAACUGUAUGGCUGUUUGGUGUUGUUCAUGUGCCUGGUGAUUGUAAUGUUUUUUAUAUUGGGUGCCACCGCUGAUAAAUUUUUCUGUCCUUCAUUGGAAAUGCUUUCAAAAGUAAUGGGUUUAAGUGAACAUUUGGCUGGUGUUACACUUUUGGCCUUUGGCAAUGGUUCUCCAGAUCUUUUUACAAGUCUGGCAGGUAUAGAUGAUCCCACCACCACCAUGUAUUCAAAUAUUCUUAGUGCCGCCAUUUUUGUCACGGCUUUUGUGAGUGGCGUCAUUUGCAUUAUACGUCCCUUUCAUAUAAGUGCCAGUAAUCUUUUGCGUGAUACCACGUUCUUCAUAUUGGGCACUUUGUACAUUGAUUAUGUUGUGGAAAGUGAUAAUUAUGUUACGCGCUUGGAAGCCUUUUGCAUUAUAUUUAUAUAUAUAAUAUAUUUGGUGGUCAUAUUGUUAGAACAGUUUUUAUUAAAACGCCGAGUCAAUAAAAUGGAAAAAUUAAUGCUUAAAGGAACAAUGUCGGUUGUAGAAUUUAAAAAUUAUACCAGUUUACGCCAAGAGGCCAGCAUUGAUAUAUUAGCACGUGGUUCAAGAGCCACUAUAAAUAUAGAUGCCACACGUGAAUCAUUUUAUGGUUAUGAUGUCAGUCGUAAUAAAAAUCUCUUCGGACAACUAUUACAGGCGCUGAAUCCCAUAGACUCGGAAGAAUGGUCGAAAGGUGGUUGGUUUAAAAGGACCAUGAUUUGUCUCAAGGCACCCAUGAUCUUUUUAUUAACAUUAUUCAUACCCAUAGUCGACUAUGAGCAGGAGAGGCAUGGUUGGUGCAAACUAUUAAACUGUAUGCAAGUGGUAAUAUUGCCAUUUACAACAUUUCUUAUAAUUUUUGAAUUCAAAACUUGGCUGGGAGUUCCUAUAUGUUGCCAUACCUUAAUUUUUACCAUUCCCCUGGCAAUUUUAGCUUUUAAUUCUACGCGCACUGAUAAAGCUCCCAAUUUUCAUGUGGGUAUUGGUUUUCUUUCCGCUUAUGGUUCCAUCUUUGUUAUUUAUUCGUGUGCCUCGGAAACUGUUGAGGUUUUGUAUGUUUUGGGUUUGGUGAUGAAUUGCAGUAAUUCCUUUCUGGGCUGCACUUUAUUGGCUUGGGGCAAUGGCAUCGGAGACUUGAUAUCGAAUGCAGCCUUGGCUCUGCAUGGUUAUCAAAAAAUGGCUUUUGCAGCCUGCUAUGGUGGUCCAUUUUUUAAUACUUUACUAUGUUUGGGUCUGGUCUUACUUAUCAAAACUAUGCGCAGUGAAACAGGUCAGGUGCAUAUACCUGGAGGUCCCUUGGGUGAAAAUUGUUUUAUAUUCAUGACUAUCCUACUAUUCUGUACGUUGUUGUGGUCUAUGACCACCAAUUUUUAUGUUCGCCGUUCAGUGGGUGUCUUCAGUAUCCUGAUGUACACUUUGUUCUUUUUAUACACUAUACUGGGUGAAUUGGAGGUGAUACAAACCUAUGCGGAAGUUAGUGAAUAUGGAUUUGAUGAUUUUUAAACCGUAUUGUUGCGGAUUUAUAAUUUUUGUGUUUUCAUAAUAAUGAAAUUAAAUAAUUUAUUUGUAUAUUUGAUCUAAUUUUAAUUUCUUUUUUGAAAUCAUGCUGAAAAUCGUUAUUAUACCGUGAUCAGAUUUUUAAUAAAUAAAUCAUG